AUGCAUCUAUCUAUCUAUCUAUCUAUCUAUCUAUAUCUAUCUGAAUCUGUUUUUCCAUCCUCAUCUAUCUAUCUAUCCAUCUAUCUAUCGCGAAUAUAUCUAUCUAUCUAUCUAUCUGAAAUAGAUAAAAUGUUCUAUCUAUUCAUCUAUCUAAAUCUAUCUAUUAUCUAUCUAUUAUCUAUCUAUCUGGAAUAUAUCUCCAGUUAUAUAUCUAGAAACGGCCCUCACGAGAAUGUUCCUAUCUAUCUAUCUAUCUAUCUAUCUAUCUAUCUAUCAUUCUAUUCUAUCUAUCAUUAUGAUUAUCUAAUUCUGUUUGGAUCUAUCAUCUAUCUAUCUAUCUAUCUAUUCAUCUAUCUAUCUAUCUAUUUCAUCUAUCUAAACAUCUAUCUAUCUAAAUAUUAUCUACAUUAUCAUUAUCUAUCUAUCUAUCUAAUUAUGUUUCUAAUUCUGUUUUCAUCUAUCUAUAUAUCUAUCUAUCUAUCUGUACGGUAUAUAACACUAUCUAUCUAUCUAUCUAUCUAUCUAUCUAUCUAUCUAUCUAUCUAUUUUAAGAGGGAAUAUGAGCACAGAGCAGUGGUAGUAGCUUCUUUUCGCGCCUGGAAGAAGUCUUAG